CGACAUCCCCCAUAUACCCCAGUAUACCUCCCAGCAGCACCGGAACAGACAUCGCGGCUUGAGCCAACCGACACAAAACCCGGCACAAUGCCAGCGGGAACGCCAACACCCUGGUCCUAUGCUCUUAUACGGCUUCUCUUCAAGUUCGUCCUCAAGAUCUUCUACGGCUCCAUCGUAGUCGAGAACGCUCACUUGAUCCCUCCUACGGGUGUACCUUGUGUGGUAUGCGCAAACCAUUCCAACUCGCUCACGGACGCUCUUCUCCUCGUCCAUGCCAUACCCGCAAGCAUUCGGAACAUGCUGCGGCUUACGGCAAAGUCCACGCAGUUCGGCCAUCGCACGUUCACCUCCUGGCUCAUUGAAUCCGCCGGCACCGUUCCUAUCAAGCGGCGCAAGGACUAUACCGACGCCAAAGAUGCAGAUAAUACAGAUGCCAUGGCAAAACUCAUCGAGGCAGUUGAACUGGGAGACGCCAUUUGCCUAUUUCCGGAAGGGAUGAGUCGGUAUCAUCCCGAAAUUGCACCCCUGAAAACCGGAGUUGCGCGAAUCGUAUCUGAUGUCCUCACUCGAAACCGUGACAAACCCGACUUUGCCGUGGCCAUCCUCACGUGCUCUAUCACGUACAUGAACCGGGAACAUUUCCGCUCAGACGUUCUCGUAACGUUUAAUCCUCCAAUGAUGUUUACACCCAGAACUCACCCCGAACUCCUCGCUCCUGCCGAACCCGCCAACAUUCGCUCGCUGACUGCUUCCUUACACUCACAAAUAAGCACGCAUACGUUCGACGCUCCCUCAUGGGAUCUGAUCCGCUCGGCCCGACUCGCUGCUCGCAUUUAUGCACCCCUCGGUACUCGCAUGUCCCUGGGCGACUGGGUGAGAGUGACGCGCGUCUGGUUAGAAGCUUUCAAAGCCUCCGAGGUCCACGGAAAGCAUAACGGCGCACCUGCACCGUCCGGAGCUCUGUCGGACGAUGAAGAAACCCCAGAGGUAAAGCGGGCUGACGACGACCUUCGCUCUCUACGCGUGUCUUUGCGUUCCUACCAGAAAAAGCUUGUCUCGCAAUCGCUACACGACUCACGUGUCCUGGAUCCCCCGCUUCUACCGUUCGCUCUUCCGUUCUCGCUCUCCUUCACGCUCGCGACGUUCCUCAGCCUCGCCGUGCGCACUGCGUGGUGUGCCAUCCUCUUUGCGUUCUGCUCUCCCGGACUCGUUCUCUGGGCGCCGACCUUUGUCACUAUCAUGAUUGCCGUGCAUGAGUUCAAGAAGACGGGGCCCAUGUGGGAUACCUUUGAUGAGAUCGCGCAGUACAAGCUCGUCUACGGCCUUAUAUCUGGUCUGCUUACUUGCAUCUCCAUGCCGUUCCUCGUUCCGCUUCUUCUAUGGUACACGUUCGGAUUCGACACCCUCGCAUUUAUGCCACGCUGGGUGCUGGGCGUCGCAACGCCCGCACUAAUGUGGAUGACCAUACGGUGGCUCGAAGACGCUAUCGCCAGCGCGCGAGCGUCCAUCGAAUUGUUCGACAUGCUCCGCGUCGGCUCGAGUAGAGUGCGCGCCCUGCAAGCCGAGCGACAGGACCUUUACGGGCGCAUCAUGUCCAUCGGUGUCGAUGCGUUAGAGCUCCCUCGCGAUCCCGUCGCUAGCUUCACGGGGCGUCGUCCGGCCCGCUCUCGCACGAACUCGCUCAACGCCGGCUCCGAUAACGGAGAUGUGGAUGUGGAUGGUGCGCAGAGGUGGAUGAAGAGCAGCGAAAAGGGCCGCGUUCGGAGCCGGUGGGAGAGCGGUGCCAAAUACUUCUCCGUGCGCAGGAGGCGAAAGCGCGACUGGGGCGAGACGCUCAGGCUGUACGAAAAGGUGGACUUCCCAAACGACGAGUAAACUCGAUGAAAGAAAGUAGGCUUGGUUCAUAGAGGAUUAUUAAGGAUUUGGACUCUCAUGUGUCAAGGCAUAUAGUACUAGCUUUAGUUGUUUUCUUGCUUUAAAUGAUUACCACGAUUUU